AAGAUUAUAAAAGCUAUAAUCCUCUGCUUUAUUAUAGAAGACUGAACAAGAUGAAUAUCAACGACAUCUCAGCGUUGAAAAAGACAUUUCCUGUAACCGUGACAUUUUGUGUAAUUUAUCUUCUGGAAGGAGUGUUGAUCCUUCUGGGUAAUACUUUCACCGUCUUUGUUUUUUGGAAGCGUCGAGCAGAGCUACAACGAACAUCGUAUCUUCUCGUAAAUUUAGCUCUUGCCGAUCUUUUGGUGGCAGUCGGCGUUUCACUAAGUUUGAGCAGUCAAGUCAAAAUUUUUGUCACCAAUGAAUUUUCAACACAAGAGGAGUUUUUAAGCCUUUUCACCUGGGAUGUGUUUUGUGAAGGAUCUUCGCUGCUUAGUUUACUGGUAAUAUCUUUGGAGCGCCUCUAUGCAGUUCGAUGGCCUUUCCGACACCGUACUUUGCGCACCAGCAGCUAUAUCUACAGCAUCGCAUUUGCAUGGAUAACGUCAAUAAUCAUGUCUGCUACUUUCUUCGCUCUGCUCUACCAAGAAGGUUCCCUCGCUGUCUUUGCUAUAUCUCCACUCCUUUUUGUUUUUCUGGUGCUCCUCUGUGUUGCAAAUAUUCUCAUUUGCGUUCAGAUGCGUAAAAAUGUUCCUGAAGGAGUGAACCAAAAGCGAGCCUUGCAAAACAAGAAACUAAAUAAGACUUUGUUGAUUGUUACAAUUCUUUCUCUCAUUUUCUGGUUGCCUGGUGUUGUGAUGGUGUCUGUUGUUAAUGCGUUCGGCCCUGAAUGUGCAAUCAAAACAUAUGAUGUAUAUCGCGGCCUAAAGAUUUUGAAUUUGGCAAAUUCUAUUGUAAAUCCCUUAGUUUAUGCAUUUCGAAUGCCAUUAUUCAAGUCUGAAAUCAAGGAAUGCUUUUCUAAAAUUUGUCGCGCAAAUAGAAAUCGGAUUGAGAUUCGUAACCGCGAUACAGCAACACAAGUGUGCGAUGAAAAUGUUCAAGGAGAUGGAUAUUCAGAAUGUCACGAAACCAAAUUGUAAUUUUUUCCCAUAUGAUUUUUCCUCUCGACUGAGAAGUAAACUGUAUUCUGCUGAGUAGCCUUUAUUGUGCCAAUGAUCGGCAGCCUUCCAGAGUUUUAUUGUAAGUUAGAGAAAUAUUAAAAGUGUUGAAUCAAUGAUAUA